CCUCCUCCUCCUCCCUCACCCUCAGCUCCUCAUGAGGGUGCUGUGAGCUGGGCCAGCGACUGCUCUGCAACGUAAGAGACCGCGGGGAGCCUCGGGAGAGGCCAUGUCGUCGUCCAACAGGAGCCAGAACCCCCACGGGCUGAAGCAGAUCGGUCUGGACCAGAUAUGGGACGACCUGCGGGCAGGCAUCCAACAGGUCUAUACCAGACAGAGCAUGGCCAAGUCCCGCUACAUGGAACUCUACACACACGUGUAUAACUACUGCACCAGUGUGCACCAGUCCAACCAGGCCCGCGGGUCGGGACCCCAGCCCUCCAAGCCGUCCAAGAAGUCCCCCACCCCGGGGGGGGCCCAGUUCGUUGGCCUGGAGCUCUACAAGAGGCUGAAGGAGUUCCUGAAGACCUACCUCAUCAACCUGCUCAAGGACGGGGAGGACCUGAUGGACGAGGGCGUGCUCAAGUUCUACACGCAGCAGUGGGAGGACUACCGCUUCUCCAGCAAGGUGCUGAACGGCAUCUGUGCCUACCUCAACCGCCACUGGGUCCGCCGGGAGUGUGACGAGGGCCGCAAGGGCAUCUACGAGAUCUACUCGCUGGCCUUGGUGACCUGGAGGGAGUGUCUCUUUAGGCCCUUAAACAAGCAGGUGACCAACGCUGUUCUGAAGCUGAUAGAGAAGGAGCGCAACGGGGAAACCAUCAACACCAGGCUGAUCAGUGGAGUGGUGCAGUCGUACGUGGAGCUGGGUCUGAAGGAGGACGACACGUUCGCCAAGGGCCCCACGCUGUCGGUGUACAAGGAGUACUUUGAGAGCCAGUUCCUGGCGGACACGGAGCGCUUCUACACCCGGGAGAGCACCGAGUUCCUGCAGCAGAACCCCGUCACCGAAUACAUGAAGAAGGCAAAGGGCCGUCUCCUGGAGGAGCAGCGCCGGGUCCAGGUCUACCUCCACGAGUCCACCCAGGACGAGCUCGCCCGCAAGUGUGAGCAGGUCCUCAUCGAGAAGCACCUGGAGAUCUUCCACACCGAGUUCCAGAACCUUCUGGACGCCGACAAGAACGAAGACCUGGGCCGCAUGUACAACCUGGUGUCCCGGAUCGCCGACGGCCUGGGGGAGCUGAAGAAGCUUCUGGAGACGCACAUCUUCAACCAGGGCCUGGCCGCCAUCGAGAAGUGUGGUGACUCCGCCCUCAACGACCCCAAGAUGUACGUCCAGACCAUCCUGGACGUGCACAAGAAGUACAACGCCUUGGUCAUGUCGGCCUUCAACAACGACGCGGGCUUCGUGGCGUCUCUGGACAAGGCCUGCGGGCGGUUCAUCAACAACAACGCUGUGACCAAGAUGGUCCAGUCGUCCAGCAAGUCCCCGGAGCUGCUGGCCCGCUACUGUGACUCCCUGCUGAAGAAGAGCUCAAAGAACCCAGAGGAGGCGGAACUUGAGGACACGCUCAAUCAGGUGAUGGUGGUGUUCAAGUACAUAGAAGACAAGGACGUCUUUCAGAAGUUCUACGCCAAAAUGCUGGCCAAGAGGCUGGUUCACCAGAACAGCGCCAGUGACGACGCUGAGGCCAGCAUGAUCUCCAAGCUCAAGCAAGCGUGUGGCUUCGAGUACACGUCGAAACUGCAGCGCAUGUUCCAGGACAUUGGAGUGAGCAAAGACCUCAACGAGCAGUUCAAGAAGCACCUGCUCAACUCCGACCCCUUAGACUUGGACUUCAGCAUCCAGGUGCUCAGUUCCGGCUCGUGGCCUUUCCAGCAGUCCUGUACCUUCGCUCUCCCCUCAGAGCUGGAGCGGAGUUACCAGCGCUUCACCGCCUUCUACGCCAGCCGCCACAGCGGCCGCAAGCUGACCUGGCUGUACCACCUGUCCAAGGGCGAGCUGGUCACCAACUGCUUCAAGAACCGCUACACCCUGCAGGCGUCCACCUUCCAGAUGGCCAUCCUGCUCCAGUACAACGCCGAGGACGUCUACACGGUGCAGCAGCUCACCGACAGCACGCACAUCAAGAUCGACAUCCUGUCGCAAGUGCUGCAGAUCCUGUUGAAGUCCAAACUUCUGGUGCUUGAGGAUGAUGGUACCAAUAUGGACGAAGCCGAUUUCAAACCAGAAACCGUUAUUAAACUCUUCCUAGGGUAUAAGAAUAAGAAACUGCGGGUGAAUAUCAACGUGCCAAUGAAGACGGAGCAGAAACAGGAACAGGAAACCACACACAAGAACAUCGAGGAAGACAGGAAGUUACUAAUACAGGCUGCCAUCGUUAGGAUCAUGAAGAUGAGGAAGGUGCUGAAGCACCAACAGCUGCUGGCCGAGGUCCUCAACCAGCUGUCAUCCAGAUUCAAACCCAGGGUUCCCGUUAUUAAGAAAUGCAUCGACAUCCUCAUCGAGAAGGAAUACCUGGAGCGCGUCGACGGGGAGAAAGACACUUACAGCUACCUGGCUUAACGCGGCCAGCCCCCCCCACCCCCCCCCCCCCCCCCUUCAUUCCCUUUGUUUUUAUACCGGACCCCCGGCGCCCACCGGCCUCGCGCUAGGAACACCACUGACGGCGCCUCCCCUCUUUAAGGCCCUGUGAUGACACACACACACACACACACACACAGACACACAGACACACAGACACACAGACACUCACGCAGUCACACACACACUCACGCAGUCACACACACACUAACGCAGUCACACACACACACACCCCUUUUCCAAAACGUUGUGCAUUCCCUGCUGCAGUAUCGGUUUGACCAGCAGGGGGGGUUUAUCUAGUGUUACUGAUGUAUGAUUUGGCCACAUACUUCUACAAAAUGCAUACAAACACACACACACUCGUAUCCCUGCACACAUACAUGUGAAAGGAAGUUCAGAGCACCAAAAAGCAAUCCGGUUGCCAUGGUGGAUAUCCCUGUAAUUUUUUGUGUUUUUAAACUUGGCCCCGGGACCUGACUGCGUUGUGGUUGUCAGUACCCCACCCUCGACCCCCCCCACUUAGGAAGUGACCAGAAACGCCUACAGAUCGAACAUAUUUUAACGUAAGAAAAUAUUACAGACAACCAAUGUCACUCUGAAGACCUUGUCACUCUCUUUGUAAAUUUGACAUUUACAGUGCAAUUACUUAAUAAACUUUACCUUGAGUUACAUGAACUUUGCAUGCCACUCAAAACACAUCAAUGAGUUGCUUGCUUGCUUGAUUCAACGGCUUUGGGAGGGGAGUGGUUAGCAGGAAACACUCCUUCAGCAAAAGGUGAAUGUGUGCGUGUGUGUUUAUAUAUAUUUAUAUACGUAUAUGUAUACGUGUGUGUGUAUAUAUACGUAUAUAUAUGUGUAUGUGUGUGUGUGUAUAUAAGUGAUCUGUUGGUUUGAAGCAGGGCAUCCAUGUUGAAGCAUCAUCAUAGAGGAAGUGAUCUGUCUUUUGUUGAAUCAAAAGGACAUUAAUAAAAAGUUUGUAAAUACAAUCUCUGACGUCCUGUCAUUCUGUGUAGUCUUGUUGCUCCUGAAGUGAACUCUGAACGUGGAGCAGAUGUUUAUGUAGAUGCUCUAGUAGCUCGUCACUGUGCGGAAGCCUCCAGUUUCCUCUCCAUCACUGUGCAGACCUAGUAUUAUACACCUAUAAAUAUAAGUUUAUUGCACAUUAAUUGCACUAUUAUAACUGAAGACUUUCUAAUGUGUGUUAAAUGUUUCAGAAUUUUGUGCUAUUCUCUUGACGACAACUCUGACAGAAACAUGUUGGUGACGUCUUCUUACUGUUCAGCUUAUAGGUCUGCUUUUACUUUGAACACAUGACUACAUAAAUACCUUAUUUUAUAAAUAACGUAGUUAUUCCCUGAUGGCCUCUCUGUGUCAAAUGUAUUUUUGUGCAACUUGACAGGACUAAAUAAAAAUACAAUAUGUGAAAUAACUGGUAUAUUGUACAAUUUGGGACGAAGUGGGUGUUCAUUUUUUUUUAUGGAAAACCUUUUCUUGCAAGGAGCUAAUCUUAACAUAUGUUGACGUUUGUAAAUUGGG